AUGGCUCUUCCAAGACGAUCCGGUACCGGAUCAAGCUAUGCAGAUGUAUCAGAGCUCGACAAGUAUAAGCUCAUAUCCAAUAUCGGUAAAGGCAGUUUCGGUGUUAUAAGUAAAGUACAACGGAUAUCAGAUGGAAAGGAAUUCGCACUCAAGCAAUUGGAUUACUCGAAGAUGACAGAGAAAGACCGUAAGCAGAUUUUAGCAGAAGUAGCAAUUCUUGAUGCGCUGAAACAUCGUAAUAUCGUUCAACUCGUACAGAAAAUCAAAGAUCCAAAGAAUGAAAGGAUAUAUAUAGUAAUGGAGUUCUGCACUUCGGGUGAUUUAGGUACAUUGAUACGCAAAGCUCAACGAUCAAAUCAACCCAUACAUGAAGAUAAAAUAUGGAAUAUAUUCCUUCAAAUUACAUUAGCACUUCAUCAUUGUCAUUGGCCAGCUGAACGACCAUCUAAACUUGGAGUAGCUAGGUUGAGUCAAGCAGCUCAGCAAAGCGCCGAUGGAGGAGUAGCGAGAUACCAGGUAUUACAUAGGGAUUUGAAACCUGAAAAUGUCUUCCUGUCUGAUGAUUUCGUCAAACUCGGGGAUUUCGGUUUGAGUAAGGACAUGGGUACUGCGUCAUUCACAUCAACAUAUGUAGGAACCCCGCUGUACAUGCCUCCUGAAAUCCUUGCGGAGAAUCGAUAUGAUACCAAAUCAGAUAUAUGGAGCUUAGGCUGUCUGGUAUAUGAGAUGUGUGCCCUACAGUCCCCAUUCUCACAGGCGCAAACUCAGGCAGAAUUGAUAUCAAUGGUAAAAUCAGGCAAACUUCCUUCACUCCCCGCUCAAUACUCACCCGCAUUGAAAAGCGUCAUCAAAGCAAUGUUAACCUUGAACCCUAUCAAACGACCUUCAACUAAAGAUCUACUAGAGAUGGAUGAAAUGAAAUUGCACAGAAAGCUAUUCACAGUUCAGAAUCAGACUUCGCUACUGCUGGCAAAGCGAGAUGAGCUAAAAUCUUACGAGGAGCAACUACGAGCCAAAACGACUGCUUUGGAGGAACGAGAGAAAGCUCUGAUAGCAAGAGAGGCGGAUGUACAAUCUCGAGAAGCGAUAUGUGACAGCAAAGACGACGAGGCGAAAGAAACUCAACGGAGACUCAACCAAGCUGCCGAAAGUCUUAGAGGUCAAUGGGAACGAUUGAGGGAGGAGAAAGAACGAACGAUAGGAACAGGAGGACUACAGGAAAUGUUUACUGAAGAACUUCGUCCGACUAAGUCAUCUGCUCCUCCUCUAUCCCGACCUGGACUAGAAGAAAGAAGUAAUACCUUACCAUUACCGGCUACUUCUCGAUUCUCUCGUACCGCUCAUCCUGCAUAUGGCGAUACACCAUCCAAAAUUCCUUUAGCAGCCAUUGCAUCACCUACUCCCCUUGAACGAAUUUCCAAUUUUGCUAUUCAACCUCGAACGGCUACUCCCCUCCGACGAAAUGCCACUAAAUCACUAGGAAACAUAGCUGCUGCUGCUCGAUUAGAUGCGGAAAGAGAUGCAGCAACAGCUAUGACGGAAGCCACGCCCGCUAAACAGAUAAGAGGAUCGAAUAUGCAUUCAAGACAACGAAGCAGUAUUGGUUCACCUGAUGAUCUGAAAGUAUACUGCGAGGAUAUCAGUAUGGCUAGUCCAAUGUCGGUUGCAAGUCCUUGGAUGAGACCCAGAAGAAGCUCAAUAGUCCCUGCAUCAUUCAACAAUGCUUCGACGCAAGGUUCAUCUUCAUCUGGAUCAGCAUCAACUUCAAAUUCGUCUUCAUCCAAUUAUUCGAACGAAUCAAACGAACUUAAUAAUAAGCAUAAUUUACCGCCAACCAUGAUUCCUGCACCUAUAUCAACCAAUAAUUACAUCUAUAAAGAAGCUGCUACACCUGCAAAAUGGAAUGCUGAAGAUCCAGAUUUACCUUCACCCUUCUUGAGAAGAGCUGCAACCGCUCCUAUCCCUUCAUCAACUUCAAACGAACGACAACCCCUCGGAUCGAUUAACCCACAACAGACCUCGUACACUGGUAUAAUAGGUAGACAACAGGCGACCUCUGAAUUGCCGUUCAAAAAGGUUACUGCAUCCAAAAUGUCAACGGCGACGGGAUCGAUGCCAAGAAGUAAAAGUGGGAAUCUCAAUUUACAUCAGCAUGUCUUGAGGCACAAUGCCAUCGUUGCUGGACGAACAAGUGGUGAUGGAUUGCCUAGUACAGAUGGACCGAGCUCAACGUUACGCAGAGUAGGUGGUGGUCGUUGA